ACCAAAACUCAUCCUUUGUCUUGAUGAUUUGUAUUUGUUUGUGCAGUUUCCUGUGGAAUUCUCAAGGAUAAUAUUCAAUUCUGGUUGAUUUUUGGUUUCUGUGAUCUUCUUUGGUCUUUCUUGUUUUUUGAGCCUAUGGGUUGCUUUGAUUUUACCAAUUCUUGUCUUCCAAGUGUUUGUUGAAAUGCCUCAAUGGGCAAAUGUAAGGUUUUUCAGGGAAUCCAUUAAUGGGUUCUUCUCAGUUUGAUUAUUCAAAAGAUCCUAGCUCCAUCUCCGAAUUCAGCUGCAGUAAAAUUUGUUUAUGUCUCUUCCAUGCAUAAAAUUAAUACAUCAUUGGGUUUUUGCGUUGUGCUUGAGUUUCCAAAGAGAUGAUCUUCCAUGACUCUCUUUUGAGUAGAAUUUGUGAUAAAGGAACCUCACAACUAUGUCACGGUUUAGAUCAUUGUGGCAAGCUUCGGUGAAUGCAACAAAGAAGGCUCUAACUUGGGAACUCGAAGAAUGGGUACCUCCUGUAGAGAAGUGUAUAUUCAAGUUCAACUCAAAAGAAGACCUUAAGACAUGGCACUUGUAUUCUGAUUCUGAAUAUGGAGGAUUAUCUUCGGCUUCCUUGGAAAUUAAAGAUGGAGGAAAUGGAUCAGAUUGCACUGGUGUUUUCUCUGGGAAUCUCUCUACGGAAAUGAGUGAAGGUUCAAAAUGGAAUAUCAGUCGGAGUGGUUUCUGUGGAAUGCGGUCGAAGAAGUUUGAUGGCUUUAUUGAUCUCGACGGGUAUGAUUCCAUAGCCCUGAGGCUCAAAGGAGAUGGAAGGUGCUAUAUCUCUAUUAUAUAUACCGAGAACUGGGUGAACUCGCCAGGGCAAGCAGAAGAUAACUCAUGGCAGGCUUUUGUUUUUGCUCCAAAGGGAAACUGGUAUACAGCUAAGGUUCCUCUUACUCGCUACUUACCAACAUGGAAAGGGAAUGUGAUAGAUGCAGAAAUGGAGAUGAAUCCAGGUCGUGUUGUGGGUAUGUCUCUAUCAGUUAACGCACAAGGAGGUGGUUUCAUUGGAGCUAAAUCAGGCGCAGGCGAUUUCCGAGUAGAAAUUGACUGGAUCAAAGCAGUGAGAAGGCCAUGAAGAUGAAGAAAAAGCUUUCUGAUGAACAAUUUGAGAAACCAUUAAAAAUAUACAAUAUGUUCUCUGGUUGACUAGUUUAACCGGGAUUUGGGUAAACCGUAUCCAAGUUGAUGAGCAAUAAUAAGGCUUAUGAAUUGACUUACA